AUGGAAGAUUUAGCAGCAGAAGCUGGGUCUAAUAAUUUUGCUAUUGGGGAUAGAAAUAUUACUAAUUUUUCAAAAGUAUAUGGAUUAGUACAGUGUACUGCGGAUAUAUCUUCAGGAAGUUGUAAUAGAUGUCUCGUCGGAGCUAUAUCUGAAAUACCAAGUUGUUGUGAUGGGAAAAUAGGUGGAAGAGUUAUUAAACCUAGUUGUAACUUCAGAUACGAAUUAUAUCCUUUCUUUGAAUCCACGGUUACUCCCUCACCACCACCUCCUUUAUCUUCUCCUACACCGCCAUCGUCAACGAAUGCACCUGUACCAAAUGCAAAUAGGAAUAACUCAUCCAAACUUACUAUCAGUAUAGUGGUUCCUUUGGUUGUCGCAGUACUUUUUUCCAUUGCCUUCGGGUUCUUCUGUUUCGGGAGAAAGAGAACGCAGAGAAAGAAGUAUGACUAUGUGGAUGAUGAGACUCCAGUUACAGCAGAGUCUUUGCAGUUCAACUUCAGUACAAUAAGUGCUGCAACAGACAAAUUCUCGGAAGCUAAUAAACUUGGAGAAGGCGGGUUUGGUUCUGUUUACAAGGGGACACUUCCAGAUGGGCGAGAUAUAGCCGUGAAGAGGCUAUCAAAAUACUCUGGUCAAGGUGACCUAGAGUUCAAGAAUGAAGUUUCAGCUUAG